CAAAAGAACAAACACACUCAAAACAAAGGAAGCCGGUGCUGCGUGCAAAGGAAGCAGGAAGCCGCCAGCCCUGGGCCCUGGACUGAGCCCAGCUGCCGGAGCUUGGGGACAGCGCUGGGGACAGCGGGAUGGAGUCCGUGGCCCUGUACAGCUUCCAGGCCACAGAGAGCGAUGAGCUGGCCUUCAACAAGGGCGACACACUCAAGAUCCUGAACAUGGAGGACGAUCAGAACUGGUACAAGGCUGAGCUCCGAGGAGCCGAGGGCUUUGUCCCCAAGAACUAUAUCCGUGUCAAGCCCCACCCAUGGUACUCAGGCAGGAUUUCCCGGCAGCUGGCUGAAGAGAUCUUAAUGAAGCGGAACCACCUGGGCGCCUUCCUGAUCCGGGAGAGUGAGAGCUCACCGGGCGAGUUCUCCGUCUCUGUGAAUCUCCCCGCGCCUGCUUUGCCCAGGCCCAGUUCGACUUCUCGGCCCAGGACCCUUCCCAGCUCAGCUUCCGCCGCGGGGACAUCAUCGAGGUCCUGGAGCGCCCGGACCCACACUGGUGGCGGGGCCGGUCCUGCGGGCGCGUGGGCUUCUUCCCGCGGAGCUACGUGCAUCCGGUGCACCUGUGAGCGCUGCGGAGCUGGCCGGGGGGCGUGUGCAGGACCCGAGGUCCCGGGACAGGACGCGGACACCUCCUCCCCGGGUUACAAAGGGCUCAGCGGACAGUCUGAGGCCGAACUUUGGGUCCUCACUGCUUCGCAACCCUUCGCACAAACUGGGACAGGCCCCAUCGCCCCAGAUCUGCCACUGUACUUAGCGGCCGGGGCGAGGUAGCGCCAGGAUUUCUGUCUGGCCGCUUCCCAUUGGGCUCCGGCGGUAUGACGUCACGGGAAGGCUCUUCAGAGGCCCCACCCACUGUUUUCAGAAGCCAAAUUCUGGGGAGCACUUGAGGACUUCCUGUGUUCCACUGACUGCGGUUUAACUCAGAGAAUUCUGGACUUGGUGGGUGGGCCCACCUGAGCAGACUGCCCGCAUAAAUGUUCUCGGGUUGUACGGGCUGUUGGGGAGGUGGCUCUGCCCGGAACGACCCGGACUUACCAGAACCCUUGCUUCUCUACAGCCCCGUGCCUUUGGGCUCCACCCAGCGCCUACAGACACUUUGGGUGGGGUUGAGGCCCUGGGACCAGAACAGGGGGCAGCGGUGGUGGCAGGCGCAAAGGUGAUGAUGGCUCCUUUACCGUUGGUCACUUGCGUGGACAGCUCUGGGGUGUACACCUGGCUCCUGCCACGCAGGAACACCGGGCUGCUGUGACUCUCCUUUGUCCUGGCUCUGCACAGACCGGGUCAGGUGGGGAGACAGGGCAAUCCACAGGCUAGUGUGAUGUUGGGACCUGAGCUGGAUUUUGGUUGAGCAGCAGUAGGAAAAAGGAGAGG